GAAAAAUCCAUCCAACCUAACAGAACUCUGUUCUAAUGUAGUUAUAGCUCAAUGCAGACUGCAGACUGCUUUUGUUAUUUUUGCUAAAAUAAGAAAAACAAAAUUAUUUUAACACAACUUGUGCGCGUCGAACUUAUAAGAUAUUUUGAAUGAAAUAACUCGCUCAGUCCUCAGUCUCAGUUCUCGACAAUCGAGGCGGUUAGGUGCACCAUUUUACUCGCGUAUACUCUUCAAAAUUGACGGAGACUAAAUUUUAUUUGGUUCGAUAAGAAAUUCGAAAAAACAAAGACGCGCGAUUCGAAUGAAUGACGAUCUAUCUUCCUCCACGUUUUUGUGUAUUUUGUAUACUGUAAACUCAACUCGCAUGUUGUUGUUUUUUUUAAAUAUUAUUUUGUGUUUAUUUAAUUUAAAUUAUUUGUUUUGAUUCAAAACCAGACAUUUAGUCAGUCAGUCUUAAAAAAGAUAAAAGAUAUAAAGUUCAUAUUAUUUCCUGACCCACAACAACCCACCACUAUAUAGAUACUAUCCAUUUGUGAUAAAGAAUAAAAUAGUGCGUUUCUAUAAUUUGAAUAAAGAGUGUGCUCAUCGGCUCAUGGGCUUUUUAUAUUAUUCUUUCUUGGUUCAGUUCGUUUUAAUUCAAUUAUAUUCGUAUAUACCCUAAGUGCAAUUGACUUUAAUUUAAUAAUUUCUACAAAGAGCUGCCCAUAAUUUUUUCCUUAGAACACAUUUGUGUUGCCCAAAUUGAAUUAAAUCUUAUAUUUGAGUCAUAUAUGAAGUAAAAUGGAAAAUCAAUGCUGAUAAAAUAAAACACCUACUGUUUUAACAAAACCAACUUCUAAUUAAUACAAAAAUUGAUACAAUAUGAUUAAAACUAUGACAACAAAUAAGAAAACUGCAACAAGUAGUUGCUGUUCUCAUCAAAAUACGUCAAACUCGGAUAUAAAUGAGAUCAGUGUAGAAUCACAAGAACUCAAAGAGAAAGUUGGUUUGAAGUAUCUUCCUAGCUGGCCACCCGUUAAUUUGGAGUUUCGUGAUUUGAAUUAUUCAGUUCCAGAUUUAACUAAAGGAAGUAAAUUAAUUCUUCGUGGAAUCAAUGGCGAAUUUAGAUCAAAUGAGCUAACAGCUGUCCUGGGUCCAUCAGGUUGUGGCAAAACAACACUUCUAAAUGUUUUAGCUGGUUACAAUGCUUCAACAGCAACUGGUCAAAUCAAUGUCAAUCGUCGGCCCCGACAAGCAAAGCUUUUUCGACGAAUGUCUCGUUAUAUUAUGCAAAACGAAGUCCUCGACCCACAUUGUACAGUACAAGAAGCUAUGAUAUUAGCAGCACACCUUAAGCUUGGCAAUGAGUUACCCAUAUCACAAAAAAUGGAAAUGAUCGAUGAGAUUCUCUGCAUGUUGCGAUUAAAUAAGUCAGGACGCACAAUGUGUGAGGGUCUAUCGGGAGGAGAAAAAAAACGUCUAUCGAUAGCUCUAGAACUCGUCAACAAUCCACCUGUUAUAUUUCUAGAUGAACCAACAACCGGUCUUGAUGAUUUAUCAAGUUCCCAAUGCAUCUCACUUUUGAGACGAAUAGCACACUCUGGACGAACAAUUAUCUGUACAAUUCAUACACCAUCUGCUAAACUUUUUCAAAUGUUUGACAAGGUGUACGUCCUUGCAGACGGUCAGUGUGCUUAUCAGGGUACAACACAUAAUAUAGUGCCAUUUAUGAAUGCUAUUGGACUUUCUUGCCCGCUAACUUAUAAUCCAGCUGAUUUUAUAAUUGAAGUAGCUGGUCGAGAAUAUGGCAAUGAUUAUUAUGAGAAAAUGGUUGCAGCUGUUGAAAAUGGCAAAUGUUCAAAAUGGACACCAGAUUUUGAUUAUAAUACAACAUCUAUCACAGAUUCCCAUGACCAAAUCAAGUCUGUGGAAGAAUUUGAAGAAGAAAUUAAUCCGAAACUUCUUAAGUCCAAAUGUUCGUGGAUAUUACAAUUUAGAUUGCUCUUACACCGAAUGCUUAUACAAAUGUGGCGAGAUAAAUCUUACAUUAAGCUUAAAUUUAUUGUAACUAUCGCAUUGGGUAUCGUUGUUGGAGGAAUUUAUGAUGGAGUUGGAAAUGAUGCUACAAAAGCUUUGUUUAAUUUUGGAUUUGCAUUCACGAUUAUCAUUGCUUAUUUGUACUUGCCAAUGAUGCCAGUUUUAUUGCAAUUUCCCACGGAAGUUCGACUACUUAAGCGGGAGUAUUUCAACCAGUGGUAUCAGCUAAGCUCCUACUAUCUCGCUAUGGUUUGUUCAAAAAUACCGUUUAUGUUAAUAUUGGCCUUGAUCUACAUCUCGAUGAUCUAUCUGAUGUCCAACCAGCCGCUUGAACUUAAUCGAUUUUCGAUGAUCUUCCUUAUUUCAAUUUUGACGGGAAUGACUUCGGACAGCCUUGGAGUUCUUAUUUCCUCCCGAUUUAGCAUAGUUAACUCAAUGUUUGUGGGUCCAGUGAUAUCAGUUCCAUUGAUUCUUCUCUCCUGCUAUGGCAUUGGCUAUGGAAAAGAAACCUACAUACCAUCUUACUUAAAGUUUUUCAUGUCCCUUAGCUAUCUCCGUCAUGGUCUGGAGGGUCUAGUUGCUGCUCUGUAUGGAAGUGAUCGUUCCGACACUAUUUGUCCAGAUACUGAAAUAUUUUGUAUGUUCAAGAAGUCGAAAUUUCUACUUGUAAUGUUGGGUUUCGAUGGAGUUGAUUAUUCUUAUUCGGUUUCAUGUUUGGCAAUAUUUUAUGUAGUGUUUACAUUUGCAGCAUUUUUAAUGAUUAAACAGCGUUUGACAUUUAAUUCGUCCAAUUAUAUAGCUGUACAAUAUAUUGGACAAUUUGUUAAAUCACAUUUAAAUUUUACAUCUUUAAAGUACUAACAAACAAAAACGUUUUUAGGUUUGUUGAAAAACAUUAAUACAAAAUCAUUGUUUUAGGAUCCAGUGAUAAAAUUAUUGUUAUUUAGAUUGAGUAGAUAUGUAAAAAUAUAUGUAUGUAUAAUGUAUGAAAUUAGAUUUAAGUGGUUUUACAGUGAUACUAGGAUUUAAGUUUUGUUUUCAAUUGAAAUCUCUUUUUAAAUACAUAUACUUAUGGUCUUGCCAAAAUUGAA